CUCGUCUGACGCUUUAAACGCCAUUUUCGUGGCGUCCUUUUUGUUUGUUUACAGGAGUCGUUGGCGUCUCUUCGCGUUGUGCUUCAAAAAUACGAAAAUAGUGACGGUUUUUUUUUUUGUUUUUUGCCUUUCCGCUGAUUACGUGAGUGUUUCAGUGCAUUUACCUCGUACACCAUGGUCCUGCCAAAGAAUGCCCCCAAGAAACUGACAGAAACAAGAGCGAGAAGCCCUAAAAAGUCCAGAAGCCCCGCAAGGACCAAGAGCCCGGGCAGACCGAAGAGCCCUGGGAGACCCAAGAGUCCCUCUCGAAUAAAACCCGAGCCAAUAGCAACAAUUGAACCCUCAGUGAGAAGGAGGAAGAGUGUCGACGUGACAAAAUCACCCACCAGGAGUAGCGGGAGAGUGGUGACCCCUACUAGGCGCAGCCCCAUCAGGGGCUCCCCUUCCAGGAGCCGGAUACCCAAGAAGACCCCCGUGCCCCAGCCGGACACCGAAGACUCAGACACCCAGGACGAGAGAACGGAGGUUAAGGAGAAGCCCAAGGCGGCCGUACGGGCACGCACCAGGGUGGAACUAAUCGAGAAGGUUUUGGAGGAUAAAAGGGAGACGUCGGUGGAACCUCCUCAAAUCUCCAAAAGACUCACGCGGUCGCACAACAAGGACGUGGAACGAAUCGUGCACCUCAAACAUUUCGAGGUGACCUCAAAGAAACUCUAUGAAUUUUCCGAUGAGGAUGAACAGUUGAGCAAAGACAGUGCCCCCCCCGUGAGAAAAUCCCCAGAAGACAACUUCGGGGGGCUCCUGGGCGUGGUGACCUUCAUGGUCUCCAUUGUAGCCCUGGGGCCCGUUCUAUACUCCUUUUGCGACGAGACCAGCUGCUCCUUCACCGAAACCCCUCGAAAACCCUCAGUAUCGCAUUAUUUCGACCUGAAAGUCUGUCUUGGCUAUUGGAGCUUUUUACUGGCCACAGCCCUACUGACAGCCCUACCGUUCGGGGGCAAAAGGGUCACAGGCCUACCGGACAAACACGGUAAACUCGUGUACGUGUGCAACGGGCUUUUUUGCGCCCUUCUGACCCUUACAGCCGUGGCUCUACUCCAUUACAAGCAAAUCCCGGUGCUGCACUUGAUCACGGUGAACCUGCGGGGGCUGUAUGGGGCCGCCGCGCUGUCCGGGGUGCUGCUCAGCCUGUUCGCUUACGCGCGCAGUCUGUACGUGCCCGUAAGCGCCCUGAACAGCGGGACUGUAGGGCGCGGUCGGCUGUACAACUUCUUCGCCGGGCAAGAGAUGCACCCCCGCCUGUUUAUGGGGCUGUUGGACCUCAAGGUGUUCGUGCACCGGGUGUUGCUGUUGUCCCAGUUGCUGGUCACGGUAUCUUGGAUGUCCCGGGGGAUUAUCUUGGAGGAGGUGCCCAAGGACCUUGAGGGGUUCCGGGGGGUUUUCCGGGGUGCCCCAGGCGCCUUUUGGGUCUUUUCUCUCUUGUUCCUGUUAAGGGUUUUGGACGAUUUGGUAUUUGAGGCGACCCGAGUCACCUCCAAGGAGAUCCAGCAGGAGGGUUUCGGGUUUCGCACGUGCCUCAGUUACCUGCUGUACCCGUUUUUUAACGGUUUUAUCCAGCAGUACCUCCUGGAGCACCGAGUGCUCUUGGCACCCUGGAAAUUGACCCUCGUCUCCCUCCUCUUCGUCUCCGGACUGAUUAUUAAGCGACUGAGUGACAACCAGAAGGACUCCUUCAGGAAGAACCCCUAUGGCCCCACGUUUGCCCACAUGGAAACCAUCCCCACCGUAAACGGGAAAAAGCUGCUGUCGUCAGGGUGGUGGGGGUGGGUGCGCCGCCCCAACUACUUGGGCGCCAUCUUAAGCGAGCUGGCGCUGGUGCCGUUCGUUUUAUGCGCCCCCCCGGUGGCGCUCGUUUACUUGAACGUCGCCUACUUGACGUGGCGCGCCCAUAGAGACGACGCCCACUGCGCCCACCGCUACGGGAUCCCUUGGGAGCGCUACUGCAACAAGGUGCCCCGCCUGUUGCUCCCCCGACUGUACUAAUUCGAACGGGGAACGUUAUAUAUCAUGGAUGAUCAAAUUGUGCCUUGUAUUAUAUUAUAUAUUAUUAUAGUAGAGUAUAUUUAGUUUGUUAGUACAAAAAGAAAGAAAGAAGCGCAAUAAUUUUAAUGAAUGAUCUCUUUUUUAUAAAAGGACUAUUGAUCGUAUUUAGGUUACUAAAUAAAACGUUAAAAACGAG